AUGAGCUGCGAGAGUAGCCAGAGUAGUGUAGAGCUGCGGGGGCAGAGCUCUUGGUAUGAGCCUGCCUUCGAGGACCAUUACAUGGUCCUGAAGAACAUUAGGGCAGGGGGUUUCGCCCAGGUGAAACUUGCCCGCCAUCUCCUCACUGGGACAGAGGUUGCGGUGAAGGUCUUGGCCAAAGGGGUCUCGAACUUCUGCUUCUUAUCUGAACCAGAUAUGAUGGCGGGCUUGGACCACCCGAAUGUGAUCCACCUCUUCCAGGUCUUCCAGACCAAGGACUACAUGUACCUGGUCAUGGAGCACGCAGGUGGGGGAGAGCUCUGGGACCUCAUCCCGGAAACUGGUGGCAUGCAGGAGGAGGAGGCCCGCACGCUGUUCAGGCAGAUCGUGCGGGCCGUGCAGCACUGCCACAGGAACGGGAUCGUGCACCUGGACCUGAAGCCGGACAACGUGGUGGUGGAUGCCAGCGGCAGGGCCAAGCUCAUAGACUUUGGCCUGAGCACCAGAUUCACGCCUGGGAGGAAGCUCAACAGGUUCUGGGGCACUCUCUUCUACGUUGCCCCUGAAAUCGUCCGUGAGAAGUUAUUCGAGGGCCCCCCGGCAGACGUCUGGAGCCUGGGGGUCCUCCUCUACGCUAUGCUCACAGGCAGAUGCCCGUUUGCGGCAAGCACCGACAGGAAGGUGAAGAGGCUCAUCAGGCGGGGCACCUACCACAUUCCCCAGCACGUCUCCGAGGACGCCCAGCGCCUCAUCCGGGACAUCCUCACCAUCAACCCCAGGCAGAGGCCCACCAUCGACCAGGUAUUGGGGCACCCGUGGCUGACCCAGGGCGAGGAAGCUUCAGCCAGUCCUGCUUGCGAGGCGCUCCCCAAACUCCCCGAUCCCGAAAUUCUGGCAAAAAUGGUCCGCCUGGGUUUCGACCACUACCACACCUGGGUGUCUGUGGUGAGUCGCAAAUUCAACCACGCGAUGGCGACCUAUCGCAUCCUGGAGAGUCAGAGAGGCCAGGGGGAGGCCUGGGCACCCCAGGUGAAGCCCGAGCAGCGCCCUGGCCCCGCGGAGCCCUGCCCCAAGAAGCUGCCCAGUGAGCCUGCCCUUCCCUUGCCCUGUGAGCAGCAGCAGCCCCGGGAGGCCAAGCAGCCCCAGCACAAGGCUGCUGCAAGUGCCAGCGUGCCCGCCCUCCCUCUCUGCUUCCUCCACGAGGACACACCCACUGCCAGCCUCACCUCCCAGCAUGACCCUGUGCCCAGCCGCUCCUCCUCCCAAGGUCCCUCCACUGGCCAAGCCCCGGACAGCAGCCCGGGUUGGAAGAGGAAAGAGAGUGGCUCCACUGGAAAUGCCCAGUCCAGACUGACAGAACCGACGGACAGCCAGGAGAGCCUGCGCUGUGCCGAUGCCGACUUCAUGCUGUGCGAGCGAGUGAGGUGUGUCCACUGGUUCAGGCUUCUCUGCACGGAUUCCCGAGCCGCGCCUCUGCAUCCACCCAAAGACCCCUGCGCCCCCACCUGUGAAACCCAUCGGACAGACUUUGCCCUGCGGAAACCUUCAGAGACUUUUCCUUGGGACACUUCCCCUGCCCUGCCCUUUGUCCUGUUUCUCCCAUGCUUUGGGAGAAGUUUAUUUUUUUAA